GUUGGGCCCGAUACGAGUCGAAGCAGUCAAAUAUUAUCACCCAAUCCAAUUCGACAAAAGUUGGGUACGGUUUAAAUUUUGGGUGCAUGGUCCCAUUCUAAAUCUAGGGUUCUCUCCUGGUGCGGUUUGAAAAAAUGGAAUUGGCUACGGAUGAGAAGGGUUCUAGGUUGAUCUCUCAUUCACCCACCUGUGAUUAUGCAGAACCCGAACCGAAGAAGCAGAGGCUCGGUGGAGACAGCGACGGGGACGGCAACGGAAGCAGCGGCGGCGUCAUCUGCGGCCUCAGCAGGGUCUUCAUUGGCAACGAACAGGACGAUGUCUACUUUGAGGAGUACAAGUACAUGCUCGAUCCAGAAGAUUACGAGAACUCCACUCUGGAGCAAAAACGACGGACGCUACUUUCAUCAGAUACAUAUCUCCAAUUGCUAUUAUCUAGACUUUAUCCCGACUUUUCCCCUUUGGACAGGACCUAGACCUAUAGAUUUGACAGACGAAGAUGAUCGAGAUAGAUAUGAAAAAAAAGUCAUGAGGUGCGUCGAGGUUGCUCUGGAAAAGCAAAAGGGACGAGGAUGAUCAAGAGGGUUUUCUCCCAUUAUCGAGGUUGCUUUGGCAAAGCAAAAGGAACAAGAUCUUGUCUGAUUCCAGCCUUGUUUUCUGGAAAUUUAGAGAGAAGGUUUGUGUCAGUAUGUCAAAUUAAUGGGACGAGCUGAUAGUGAGGAUGCAGUACCUUGUGUGAAGCUGAUAGUGAGGAUGCAGGCCAUUACUGUGCAGCUGCCCUUAUGGGAGUGCUGUUUGGGUCAAGUUUAGCUCUUGGGCUAAUAUGAAAUUCCAGGCUAUUUCAAUAUAAGACAGGGAAGAGUUAGACUUGUUUAAUUUGUGGUAGGUUUUGGUUGUUUCAUUGGCUUUGGUCUGUGUAUGAUUGUUGGAUGAUUGUUGAUGUGGAUUGACAUUUCUGUGCUUGGUUCAAAAAAAAAAAACUAAGAUUUCU